AUGCCUGAUGGGCGCAGUGAUGAAAGCACCAUCUUUGUUGCUGGCCUUCCGUCCGACAUGACCAAUUUGGAAAUGUAUCAACUUUUCUCAGCUUUUGGAGCCAUAGCACCUCGAGGUGCUACAGCACUGCAGGACAAAGAGACUGGAAAGUGCACAGGUAUUGGCUUUGUGAACUUCAUUGACUCCGACUCUGCUCAGAAGGCCAUCCGAGCACUGAACAGCUUCCCAUUUACGGAUGGCAGUUGGCUAACAGUUAAAAAGAAGGGCCCGUCUCAACCUUGGAAGCAUGUGGAGGAUGAGGGUGGCACAGCUUGA